AUAUCUGUAAGUUAUACCGGUACACUAUAUCAAUUCAAGACAAUAACAAAAGCCAUCUGCAUGAUACCUACGGUACCGGUAUGACAUAGAUGGAAGUUUUAUGGAAUCGGACAGAAUAUUCCAAUUUCAAGAUGAAAAGGGAACUCUCGUAGUUAAUAUACCAGAAAAGACUGAGGCAGCUUAUGGAAUGUAUACGUGGCCAUGUGCUGCUGUGUUGGCGCAAUACAUUUGGAAUAAAAGAAAACAUUUGUUGAUCAACAAGCAUGUGUUGGAGUUGGGUGCUGGAACUGCUUUGCCGAGUGUAGUUGCAGCUAAAGCUGGAAAUGUAGCCUCGUUGACACUGACAGAUGACACUCAUCAACCUAGAUCAAUUGAGAAUUGUAGGAUGUCCUGCGCAGCUAAUUCAAUUGAUGUCUGCGAAUUACAGAUAAACCAUGUGGAUCGUAAACCUUGCAUCAAAGUAGAAGGUCUGAGAUGGGGAGAAGUCAAUCCAACAUUUUUCUAUGGGCAGCUAAAAGGGCUUUUGCCUUAUCCUGAUGUGAUUUUAGGUUCUGACUGCUUUUUUGAUGAAAAUGUUUACGAAAAGAUUUUAUUCACUGUAAGCCACUUGCUUGAAGGCAAAAUGUCAAAAAUUGGCCCACAUGAAGACAAACCUUAUUUUUUAUGCACAUAUCAAGUUAGAAACGCCAAUUCUUCUAUUGGUGACUUGCUUCAUCUCUGGAAUUUAAACUGUGCAGAAAUUGAUUUGCAUUCGUUUGGUGGCGAUGGACACGAUAUUGCGAGUUCUGGUAUGCCCGGUAAUCAUGAAAUUCGAAUGUUGAAAAUCAGCUUGAAAGAUUAAUUCAUAAAAUUCUGUAUUACUGAAGUUUUAGUACAAUGUUGCCAAGUCGCAUAUCAACAACACAAAUUCAAUUAUAUCAGAUGUUUCAGAUAUUCUUUAAAUUAACAACCGCAUAUCAUUCAAUUAUCACCUCGUCUGUUACAGUUUAU